GUUUCAUGAACAUAUUGUUGUGGUGCUACAAAGAUUGUUGGAAAAAAAAAAAGACUGCAUAGUGGCGGGUGCUUACUGAGUGAUAUCUGACUUUCAAGUGCAGGCUUCUGGCAUUCUCCAUUGACAAAUCCGUUGAGCGGUGGGUGGCUUAUCGGUGGAUCGGUACAAAAACGUUCGAAGGGUGACUAAUCGAUCGCUUUCAUCACGAACCAUGUCCGCCUUGGAGGAAUCCGUACAGAAAGCCUACGUUACAGCGGAACGUUCCGUCAUCCUCAAUGUUGCGUUGGAUGCUGAGGUCGCCGAGCAACUGCCUGCUGUGGUUGUGGAAACCGUAAACGAUCUGUUGAAAGGAAGAUAUGCCGCUGUCAUCCGACGUAGUCCCGUCUUUAUCGAUGCCACGGGCGAUGCCACGGAUAUGGUGGACUGGAUCAACCAACGCCUUGCUACCUUGGACCAGGAUGCCGCCACCGAUUUUCUUGUGCUUGCAACGGGUAUUGCUUGCUUGAAUGCGUUUGUACAAGUCAACUGGACCGGUCCCAUGCUUGAUCUGACCUUGGCUCAACUGUUUACCGCCGACAAACCAGCACAAACCGACCUCCAAAAAAAGAUGCAUGCUACUUGUUUGCAGACACUUUCGGUCGACAGUGCUGAAGUGUAUCAUUUGACAGGCGAACUGGGUUUCCUCGCUGCAGCUCGUACUCUGUUGUUGUCCGAACCGCUUCGAAAGCAAACUCAUACCGCCUCCUUCUGGGCAGCUCGUGCCGUGUUUAUUCAGCAGCAACUCCUCGAUGAUCCGACCGGUACGCUUCAAGAAUUGCUUGUCAGUUUGGCCGCGGAAACGAAACAAAGGUUGGACCUUGCCAACGAUGCAUCGAGCGAUGACACGGUUCAAGCCGCUCUGCGUGUACGCUACGAAUUGGAAAAGGCACUUGUGUUUAGUUACUUUGGUCAGGAUAAGGAAGCAUUUGAGAAGAUGAAGGAUGCGCAGGCCGCGUCCGGAUUUGAAUGGUCCCUCACCGGUGCGCUUGGUCGACGCACCAAGUUCCAGCAAUUCGAUGUAUCCCAGCUCGUGGUACUUGCCGAAAGCAAGAAAUCCGACAAAAAACAAGACGCCAAUGCCAAGUCUGACGACGACGAUAACGACGAUCCUCGACCGGAAACCCUGGAUCUUAACGACGAUACAUUGCUCGAAAAGAUUUCGUUUACCCAAACCGACGAGAACGAUCAAAACAAGGAAAGGCGGGUGGGCAACUUGAGUGUGAUUGAUCAAUGUUUAUUGCUCGCGUUUUGUCUUAACGUCAAAAACACCAAUCCCGAUCACGGCAUCACCACGGAAGAAAUGAAGCCUUAUGUCGCGCGUGUGUUGGAAAACUGCAACAACUGGAUGGUGCACACCAUGGCCUUGUUGCUGCGCACCCGUUUGGAAGCUCACAAAUCACGAACCGUCGAAAGAUCCGCGUUACAGUUGCAAGCGUUGGUCGAUCAAGUCAAGGUCGAGGAUUCCGGCGUUGAAGAACGUCUUGCCUAUUUCUACGAUCUGUUACUGCCAAGCAAAUGGGAAAUGGAGCGUGAGUUGGCAGGACGUUUCAUGUCAUUGGGUGUCGUGCGUUCCGCUCUGGAGAUAUUCGAACGACUGGAAAUGUGGGAAGAUGUCGUGUCCUGUUACCAAAUGCUCGAACAACCUGAAAAGGCCAAGCAAGUGCUUCAACGUCUCAUGGAACAAGAUCCCAACUCGCCCAAGUUGUGGUGUAUUCUCGGUGACGUCGAAAAGAAUCCCGAUCAUUGGCGCAAGGCUUGGGAGAUUUCCAAUCAUCGUUUCGCUCGUGCCAUGCGUAGCUUGGGUUCUUAUCUGUACAGGCAGAACGAUAUGCAGGGAUGUAUCGAGUGUUAUCAAAAGGCCUUGGAGAUCAAUCCGCUCUUUGAAGGAUCUUGGUACGUGCUUGGUUGUGCGGCUAUUCAAGCCGAAGAAUGGGAGAUUGGUGCGCGCGCUUUCCGACGUGUGGUUUCUCUCGACAACGAACAAGCUGAAGGGUGGAACAACUUGGCCAGUAUCUACGUACAAAUGGACCGCAAGCCGGACGCUUUCCUCGCCCUUCAGCAAGCGACCAAGUUAAAAUUCGACAACUGGAAAAUGUGGCAAAAUCUCAUGAUCAUCGCGGUUGAUGUCGGUCAAUUUCCCGAUGCGAUCUGGGCGAUGCAACGAGUGGUUGAACUGCGAUGGGACAAGGCCCGUGAGAGAGCCGUCGAUAUUCAGGUGUUGCAAGUGAUUGUGGAGAAUGUCAUCCAAAACUGGGAAGAUCCUCAUCAACGCGAAGGUCGUCGAUUGUCGGGACAAGUGCAACGCUUGUUGGAAGAAGUCAUCUUGAGUCGUAUUACCAACUCCCCGGAUAUCUGGCGUAUUUGCAGCAAGUUUUACCUGUGGCAACAACGCUAUACAGAUGCCUUGGAAGCUACCGUCAAAGGCUAUCGCGCCGUGAUGCAUGAUCCCCGCAUUGAAACUGAAAUUGGAGUUUUUGAAGAUGUCGCAACGGUGGCUUUGGAAACCGUCGAUAUGUACGAGACUUUGGGCGACAAAGAGCAAGACGGCGCGCCUGUCUGCAGUGAUUGGCGCUAUCAAUCAAGACAAAUUAUCAAGGGACUUUUGGGUAAAGUGCGCGACAUUUUCGAAGAUACCGAGCCUUACGAUCGCUUGAAGGAACGAUUGGAAGAUCUCAAACGAUCAUAAACAACUAUAUUACUUGCAAUCAUCACCACCAAAAAAAAAAAAAGAACUAGCAUCUAUAGACUCCUUCUCAUCAUUUAAAGAUCGUUUUUUUUAAUGUACAAAGUUGAAUAAAAAAUUAGCAAAAUCUGAAUUCCAAC